AUGGCCAAUCUUGGUGGUAGUAAUGAGCAUGCAAAGUAUGUUCUAGCUAUAGACCAGGGAACUACCUCUUCACGGGCGAUUAUAUUCGGAGAUGAUGCUCAGGUGCUGCACGUAAAGGGUUAUCCUUUCGAACAGAAAUAUCCUAAUCCAGGAUGGUGUGAACAGGAUCCAUAUGCUAUAUUAGAAUCAACAAUUAAAUCAGUUAACGAGGUGGCAGAAUUGAUAGUACCCUAUGGUAGUAUAACAGCAGUUGGUAUAACUAAUCAGCGUGAGACAGUUAUAGCAUGGGAUAAGGUAACUGGUAAACCAUUAUAUAACGCUAUUGUAUGGUUGGAUCUGAGGACUUAUGAUACUGUAAAGGCUCUCACCAUGGAUGGUAGUAAAGAUAGAUUCCGUCAUAUUACUGGAUUGCCCAUCAGCACUUAUUUUACUGCACUCAAGAUAAGAUGGUUAUUGGAUAAUGUUGAUGAAGUUAGUGAUGCAGUAAAGGAAGGAAGAUGCCUUUUUGGUACAGUCGAUUCAUGGCUUACAUAUAACCUAACUGGUGGACAUAAUAAUGGUGGAAUACAUGUCACUGAUGUUACCAAUGCAUCAAGAUACAUGCUGAUGGACCUGUCGAAGCUUGAAUGGUGUGAAGACAUUUGUAAUGAGCUAGGUAUACCUAUCGACACCUUGCCCAAUAUAGUACCAUCUUGUGGACAUAUUGGUACCAUAGCUGAAUCACCAUCACACCAUGGCUUGGAGUUACAUCCCUCUCUCCUUAAUGUACCAAUAACAGCCAUAUUGGGUGAUCAACAGUCAGCGUUACUAGGCCAUGGUUGUGUAGAAGAUGGUCAGGCUAAGUGUACCUACGGCACAGGAUGCUUCAUGCUAGCCAAUACCGGCGAUAAGAUUAUACAAUCAUCAUUUGGUCUCCUAACCACAGUAGCAUUCCAGCGAGAGGGAAGCCCUGUGAAAUACGCAUUGGAAGGUUCGAUAGCUAUAGCUGGCAGAGCUGUACAAUGGCUACGCGAUCAACUGGGUGUAAUAGAAUCGGCACCAGAGGUAGAGGAAUUGGCCAGUACAGUACCCAAUACAGCUGGUGUUACUGUAGUACCUGCCUUCUCUGGUCUAUUCACUCCACAUUGGCGUCCCGAUGCUAGGGCUGUAAUUGCUGGCAUGACUUUGGGCACUACUAAGGCCCAUAUAUGCAGGGCGGUACUGGAAGGUGUAGCAUUACAGGUGGUAGAUGUUGUGAGGGUUAUGGAACGAGAAUUAGAACACCCAUUAUCGGAGUUCUAUGCUGAUGGUGGUAUGACCAGUAAUAAUCUAUUGAUGCAAAUGCAGGCAGACUUCUUACCUAAGGAUAUAUACCCUGCUAUGAUGGCAGAGACUACUGCGUUUGGUGCUGCCUAUGCUGCUGGUCUAGCUUUAGAUUUAUGGAAAGUACCAUUGCAGGAAUUGAUAGUCAAUCUAGGAGGCCAUCGAAAGGUGGAGCCUCACCCAGCUGCAUUAGAGCGGAAGAGGGCUAUUAUGAGAAGAUGGAAUGAUGCCUUACAAAGAUCUUUAGGUCUAGAGGAGUAA